AAAAGAAACUAAAUUAAAUUACAUGGUUUAACAAAGACACAAGACAAUUCGUACGGUCGAUUUUUACAAGGAAAUCAUAUGUAAAUUUACAUUACAAGCGGCUGUGCCUGCAGGGGCAUCUGAGACAGAAAUAUUCUUCUUCUUAUCAUUUCAAUACAAAGUUAAAUCCUUUGUUUGCCGCACUUAGACAAUGUAACCCUAUUCCUACAUCAGUUGCAACUUCCAUAUUCAUCGCAGAAUCUGCUCUCAUCUAAGAUGUUUCAGUUCGUCGAGUUGUCUCUUCCAUUCCUUAACUAUCUUCUCUUCCCAACAAUAAUAAUCUUCCUCCUCUUCCAUUUCCUUCAAACCAAAAACCCCGGCCGGAGGCGCCUCCCACCGAGCCCGGUCGGGGUCUCCUUCCCCAUUCUUGGCCAUCUCCACCUCCUCAAGAAGCCCCUCCACCGAACUCUCGCAAAACUCUCCACCCAACACGGCCCCAUUCUCCUCCUCCACUUUGGCUCCCGCCCCGUCCUACUAGUCUCCUCCCCAUCCGCCGCACAAGAAUGCCUAACCAAAAACGACAUCGCCUUCGCCUCCCGCCCUCGCCUCUCCGUCGGAAAACACCUCGGCUGCAACUAUACCUCCCUCCUCUGGGCCCCCUACGGACCCCACUGGCGCAACCAAAGGCGCAUCGCCACCCUCCAGAUUCUCUCACCCACCCGAAUCCAGAUGUACGGCAGCGUGAGAACAGAGGAAGUGAAGUUCUUGAUCUGCAGGCUGUGCGGAGGCACCGGAGAAAAUGGGUUUCGAGCGGUGGAGAUGAAGAGGGUGUUUUUCGAGACGGUGCUUAAUGUGAUGAUGAAGAUGAUCAUCGGUAAGCGGUAUUGUGGAGAGAGAGAAUCAGAGGAGGCUGAGAGAUUUAGAAAGAUUGUGAAAGAAGGGUUUGAAGUGAGUGGUGCUACGAAUAUGGGGGACUUUUUGCCAAAUUUUGUGAAAUGGGUAGGAUUGUGGGAUGGAAUUGAGAAAAGAAUGGAGAGAUUGCAAGGUCUGAGAGAAAGUUUAAUGCAGAAUUUGAUUGAGGAACGACGAAAGAUGAGAAGGGACGAUGAUGGAGAAAUGAAAGGAUGCAGAGUAAUGGCAGAUGUUCUUUUGGAUUUACAGGAAAUUGAACCUCACUACUACACGGAUGCCUUCAUUCGAGGCAUGAUGCAAGGGAUGCUAUCAGCAGGUACAGACACAUCAUCAGCAACAAUGGAAUGGGCACUUUCACUACUACUCAACAACCCACAUUCCCUCCUCAAAGCCCAAGCAGAAAUCGACGCUCAAGUCGGUCCCAACAGACUCCUUCAAGAAUCCGAUCUCUCCAACCUACCAUUCCUCCACUCUAUUCUCAAAGAGACGCUCCGCAUUUACCCAGUCGCCCCAUUGCUGGUUCCUCACGAAUCUUCACAAGACUGCGUCGUUGGAGGCUUCCACGUGCCUCGAGGUACAAUGUUGCUUAUAAACAACUGGGCCAUUCAAAACGACCCCGAAUCAUGGCCAGACCCAUCAGAGUUUAGGCCAGACAGGUUCCAAGCAGGGGAAGUGGAGGAGCUGUGGCGGUGGCUGCCGUUUGGGGCGGGGCGGAGGGGGUGUCCCGGUGAGGGAUUGGCGAUGCGAAUGGUGGGGCUGACUUUGGGGUGUUUAAUUCAGUGUUUUGAGUGGCAGACAGCGGGGGAGGAGAUGGUGGAUAUGAGUGAAGGUGGUGGCCUCACAAUGCCUAAAGCUAAACCAUUGUGGGCAAACUGUAGGCCACGCCCCAUUUUGCUCCGUCUUCUGCCCACGCUGUGAUGCCUUACCACUCCAAAAACAAAAAGUUCAUUAUUUUUCACUAUCAACUUUCAUCUAUACAUAUUUUUACAAUAUUUGUGAAUGUGAAUAAAACCAAAGUUCAGGUCAAUAGUACAAGUGUAAACUCCUAAACUCAAUUUACUAGUUAAUUAUGCUUAAAUUCUCUUAA